AUGACUUCCAGUGAACAUACAAAUUCUGCCGUAGAUUACGCCUCUAAUUCCCCCAUGAAUUCUAAUAAUUCUCAUGAAACUGACGACGACCUUCUUACACUUCCGGACUUGCAUUUCUCCUACAGAAAAACCUCUGUGGCGCUCUACGUCGCCUUUCUUAUCAUUUGCAAUGUUUUAAUUCCGUGCCUACUUUUCUAUCUCCUCCAGAACUUCACCAAUAUCACUACAAAGGAACUCAUCGGUAUAUCGUCUGCAGCUCUCGGGAUUUCUUCCUGUUUCGAUGCUCCAUUCAGACUAUUUAGACUGGUCAAACACGCGAGAACCUAUGGCCCCACGGAUGUCUGGUGGCAUCUCGACUUUGUUAUGUGGACUUACACAUUUGCCCUUCUCGUCUUCGCCUUUCCACUUGCUAUCGCACCGUCUAUAGCGUUCUAUAAUUUCUUCCUAAUGUCAACGAUGAUGCUCGUCGGUCCUGUUGGCGUCGUGUUUUUAUUUUCCCUUCUCGCCUAUCACUAUCAAUGGCGUCUGCCCGUGAGGUGCUCGUCCGAGCCCGUUGGGUCUCUCAUGAAGCCUGCCGUUUUUUACUGCCUUGAAGAUGUAGGCGCAGUCGAUUUUAUGCACGGACGUAUCUUCCGACAGCGGGUUCACAGAAGAUGGGACGCAUCUCCCCCAUUUCGACAACUGAUGACCGAGCUCACGAUUUACUGGGUCAUCUCCGGUGCCGUAUAUUGCGGAUUGACCGCUGCGGUCACUUGGGCUGCUACGCUUAAUUUCGCCUUCGGAUGGGUUCUCGGGCAAUUCUUCAUCUGGGCUUUUGUCAGUUGGGUCGGUUGUCACUUUCUCGCACGCAGAGGUCUGAAACGCGAGCGUGCGUACUGGGAUGACCGGGGACGUACUUUAUUCAAAGAAAACACUGGUCCGGGAGGAAUAAAUGAAGGUGGUGAACAGGAAAAACCCCCGAAAAGGAGUAGGAGCGCACCUGGACAUGCGAACGAUAGCGCCAGUGCCGACACCUCAACUCUUACUACACCUGCUACUAGGUCUCUAAAUGCACCACCUUCCAAAGUAGAAAAAACGGAAGUGGUGUAG